AGCGGGGCAUGGCAUCCAACAGUAUCUUCGAUUCCUUCCCGACCUACUCGCCGACCUACAUCCGUGUCCCCUCCUCUUUCCGGGCCAGGACACCAGGACAUGGAGCAGGCCCGUGUGGAGGCAGGGGGGGCAAAGGAGGCAGGUCUUUGGGUGCUCUUAGCGCGCAAGCGGCAGUGGGGCCCGGAGGGCGCGCCCGGCCCGAGGUGCGCUCGAUGGUGGAUGUGCUAGCGGACCAUGCGGGAGAGCUCGUGCGGACCGACAGUCCCAACUUCCUCUGCUCGGUGCUGCCCUCGCACUGGCGCUGCAACAAGACGCUGCCUGUCGCCUUCAAGGUGGUGGCACUGGGGGAUGUGCCAGAUGGAACAGUGGUGACGGUGAUGGCAGGCAAUGACGAGAACUACUCUGCUGAACUUCGCAAUGCCUCUGCCGUCAUGAAGAACCAGGUGGCCAGAUUCAAUGACCUUCGCUUCGUGGGCCGCAGUGGAAGAGGGAAGAGCUUCACACUGACCAUCACUGUGUUCACCAACCCCACCCAAGUGGCCACCUACCACCGAGCUAUCAAGGUGACUGUGGAUGGACCCCGGGAACCCCGACGGCACCGACAGAAGCUGGAGGACCAGACCAAGGUGUUCCCUGACCGCUUUGCAGACCUGGAGCGGGUGCGCAUGCGAGUGACACCGAGCACGCCCAGCCCUCGGGGCUCUCUCAGCAGCACGAGCCACUUCAGCCAGGCCCAGACCCCAAUCCAAGGCACCUUGGACCUGAACCCAUUCUCCGACCCCCGUCAGUUUGACCGCUCCUUCUCAACGCUGCCGCCUGCCCUCACAGAGAGCCGCUUCCCUGACCCCAGGAUGCACUACCCGGGGGCCAUGUCUGCGGCCUUCCCCUAUAGCGCCACACCCUCGGGCACAAGCAUCAGCAGCCUCAGUGUGGCGGGCAUGCCGGCCACCAGCCGCUUCCACCACACCUACCUCCCGCCGCCCUACCCUGGGGCCUCGCAGAACCAGGCGGGGCCCUUCCAGGCCAACCCGUCCCCCUACCACCUUUACUACGGUGCAUCUUCCGGCUCCUACCAGUUCUCCAUGGUGGCCGGCAGCAGCAGCAGUGGCGGUGACCGCUCACCCACCCGCAUGCUGGCCUCCUGCUCCAGCAAUGCUGCCUCUGUCGCGGCAGGCAACCUCAUGAACCCCACGCUAGGUGGCCAGAGUGACGGCGUGGAGGCUGAUGGCAGCCACAGCAACUCGCCCACAGCUCUGAGCACGCCAGGCCGUAUGGACGAGGCCGUGUGGCGGCCCUACUGACCACCCUGGGACUCCUCCCGCUGGAGGCGGGGACCCCCAACAGCCUUCCAGAGGAGUGACUGGCCCAGCUCUGAGGCUCUGGGCAGGAAUGGGACCUGCCCUCCAGGGCAGUCAUGGUCCCAAGGUCCAGAGCUGUUGUGUGGCGCAAGUGCGUCUGUCCAUCCUCAUCUCUGUACAGAAGGGCAGGGACCUCCCCCAGGACACUGCCCCUAGCCCUGACCCUAGUCAUCUCAGUCCACACUCUUGUGGGAAAUUAGCCUCCCCUGCCACCUCCCCAGAAUGACCUCGCUGUCUCCAACUAGACCCAGUGCUGUCAGGGGACCAUCUCUUUCAGACAAAGGCAACGUUUACCCCCAGGAUAAGCCACAAGGCCCCGGGAGGAUCACCCCACCCCUCCGCCUUCCUCAGAGCCCCUGUGGGCCUAGCCCUCCCUCUACAUUUACACCCUUAAGUCAAAACUGGAAACUUUCCUGCUCUAGAAGGGUUCCCCCCCCCCUUAUAUAGAGGGGGUAGGAUCCAGGAUACUGCUGGCAGAGAUGGGAGCAGAACACACCUAAGCCUGGGCCCUGAUUCCCCACAGUUCUCAACAGCUGGUCCUGUCCCAGCUGCUGUGAGUCCCAGGCCCCAGAGCAGAUUGAUUAGGGUACAGCAGCAAGUCCCUAGAACCAGGGAAGGUGCCUGCAGACCAGCCCCUCCAUGCACUUUACCAGCCCAAGGCAUUCACCCUCUGUCCUCAUGGGGACCCUUUUCCUUAAACUGGUCUUAUUAAUUUCCAUUUUUGGAGAAAACACAGUGGCCAGAUAGGCCCUAGGAGAAGGCAUGGGGUGAGGGGUCAUUCACUGAGUCAAAUGUCAGCAUCGCUGUCCCACCCUGCAGCCGGUCUGUCCCCUAGGCCUCCAGGGAAGAUUCAGGCAAAUCUAACUCUUGACAUGCAACUGUUUGAGUUCCUGUGCUAUAAAAGCAAACAGUCUUAAAGCCAGUUUUUAAAACUGAUUUUAAGGCGGAGAAAGCUUCAGUAAAUACGUUUGCAAACACAGGGUCUCUUACAGAUAAACCCUGUGAUUGCCGACAUCCUGCUCCCAGGCACCGCCUUCCGGAGGUGUGGGGUGAUUAGGAUCUCAGCACCUCACCAAGAGGUUACCUUCUCAAGAGGCAGCAUCCCGCCAGCCAGCCUCGAUGGCAGGCAGCCUGGGAAAUGUGAGUGAGAUGCUGGGCUCUCACCUGUGGUUCCUGGACAUUUGUCCUAGAGGAUCUGUGGGCCUUCUGGUAGUGGGGGUGGGAGGCGGAGCGAGCUGGCUUUGUACCAGCAGAAGAGGGGAGCUGUGAGGGACUCACCAGCCUCAGCUCAGUCCCCUGUGCUCCAAGGGGAAGCAGCACUCCUAAAUUUUGCAAAGGAGAGAGCAGGCCUUGCCCAAGGGCUCAGGCUGCUUCAAUUCUCCUGUCAAGAGUUCUUUAGUUCUAGAAAGGAUUAGCACUUUGGGAAAUGACAAGAAAACUCUUACAAGGGCAAGAGAGCAUGUGGUUUUCUUGUAACUGUUUCUGCCACAUCUGUGGAUGUGGAAAUCUCCCCUACAAAACACGCUCCUGAGUGGUUGUCCCUGUCCAAGCACAUGGCCUGCUGUGCCAUCCCCAACCUGUAGUAACAGCCUGAUCCACAUGCUGGCUACACACUUUGGCAGGUUAGGAAGUCCUUCUGGUGAUCCUCUUCAGAUCCUUCCUGCUGCAGUUUUAUCCUGCCCUCAGUGGAAAAAGCAGUCUCCAUCUCUCCAAAAUAGCUGCUGGCAGUGUCCUGCUGCCUCCCAACAUGUGGGGCCCCUCUCCACCCCUUCUCAGGAAGUAGCUUUGAAUCCAUUGACUGUCCCUUCUUCACUCCUAUUCUCUGGUUCUAGCCUGGCCCCAGGCCAGGAGGCACCUUUGGGGGGUUCCCAGUGCCCAGCACUUUGUGGUCCCCAGAUGACUACCCCUUCCUGAGACCCAAGCCCUGGUGGGAGCAGGGACAGGAAAUAAAUUGACUCCCCUCUCCCUCUUCCCCCACCCCCUGACCAAAAGAGAUGGCAGCCACACGGCGUCUGUUUCUAAGGCCCAUAGCGGGUGCAGACGGCCUGGGUUGGUAAAAGUGGGUCCUUAUUUACAUGGCUGCUUUAAAGUUGUAUUAGGCAAACACACUUGACAUCAAAAGUAGGAGGAAACAAAGGGGGUUUGAACCAGUGUUACUGUAAGCCCAGUCGUGGCUGCAAAUCCUACGUGACUGUUGUUAUGGUGGGUGUUGCUAUCUGCCACACUCUAUCUUCCACAAAGCCGUGCGAGCUGGGAAGAGGGUGGGGAGGGGUGGAAACCGCUUUGCACUAUCAUUUGCUUAGUGUGUUUGUCUUUA